AUGCGUGCUUUGGGGAAGACUCCAGCUUUGACGUUACUGAUCUUCAUCACUAUGUUGGUGACUGCACUUGUAUUUAAAUAUUUUCUAGAGUCAAGCUGUCCUGAUAAGAAUCAAACAAUGCAGAACAGUUUAUCAACUAUGACAGAAGUUAACACUACAGUGUUUGUACAGAUGGGUAAAAAGGGUCUGCUCUGCUGCCCUUCUAGUCCACUGACAAAAGCAGUAUUAAUAACAUGGAUAAUAACCCUCAGAGGACAGCCUCCCUGCAUAAUAGCCUACAAAGCAGACACAAGGGAGACCCAUGAAAGCAACUGCUCGGACAGAAGCAUCACCUGGGCCUUCACAUCUGACCUCUCUCCCAACCUUCAGAUCAGUGCAGUGGCCCUCCAGCAUGAAGGGCAUUACUUAUGUGAUAUAGUAGUACCUGACGGGAAUUUCCAAAACAUCUAUGACCUCCAAGUGCUGGUGCCCCCUGAAGUAACCCACUUUCCAGGGGAAAAUAGAACUACAGUUUGUGAGGCGAUUGCAGGCAAGCCUGCUGCACAGAUCUCUUGGACGCCAGACGGGGAUUGUGUCACUAAGACUGAAUCACACAGCAAUGGCACUGUGACUGUCCGGAGCAUGUGCAACUGGGAGCAGAGCAAUGUGUCUGUUGUGUUCUGUGUUGUCUCUCACUUGACCACUGGUAACCAGUCUCUGUCUAUAGAACUGGGUAGAGGUGGUACCAGCUCCCCACCUUCCUUGCUGACCAUUAUCUACGUGAAAAUGGCCCUUUUGGGGAUUAUUCUUCUCAUCGUAGGAUUUGCUUUCUUCCAGAAGAGAAAUUAUACCAGGUAGGAACUGAAAACUAACAUAUUAAGACUCAUUAGAAAGAAAACAUUGUUAUAAGUUGGAAUUCACAGUGGACUGGGAAAAUAUGUUAUAUGCUCCCGCCAUGGGUAUUCGCUUAGUCCUUCUUCUGCAUCAAGAUUCUGUGAACAACAGAGCCCAAGCACAGGUACUCUGGCAAGUGACUCUGCCUUGCCACAGUUCUGACCUAGGAGGGACCUUACCCUGACCCCACCAUUGAGGAUUCCGUAGCAGAAAUGAAGUUGCUGAAACAUUAUAAAUGUUUGUUUACAAGUUUAUUGACUUCUGUGUGCUUCUGUUUAACCUGACUUAAUUGUAACAUAUGUAAUUUGGUUUUGUGUAUUUCUCGAACGUGAAUAUCCAGAUUUCUGGGAGCCAAUUAGUCUGAUGGCACAGUACAAGAAAACAGCUGUUUGUAAUAAACUUUCUCAUUGAAAUCC